AACUUGAUGGCGGCUCCUUUGGUCUCCUUGGCCGGGCGGGCCGCCCCCUCCUCGGCCGCCGACGGCUCCUCCCCGUUGGCCAGCCCGUCCUCCAGUGGGUCCUGACCAACGCCAGCAGACCGUCAUCACAGGUGGAGCCCAUGUUCACUCCACCUGGCGGGGCCCCUGCUCCGGGCCAGGCAGGCUCUGCUGGACCCUCGCUACCUUUGUCCGCCACCUCCUUUCCACCCGCUGUGGCCCUGCCCAUUUGUAACGCAGUGAGGACUCGCUCCGUCGGCACCAACACACAUGAAGUGGCCCUUCCGUCCACGCCCGACUCAGACGCUGACUUCUUGGGGCCCUGCCAACCGGGUACCAGUGUCAACCUGGAGGGCAUCGUCUGGCACGAGACCCAAGAAGGUGUGUUGGUGGUCAACGUGACGUGGAGGAAGAGGACCUAUGUGGGAACACUUUUGGACUGCACUAAACUCGACUGGGCUCCUCCCAGGUUCUGCGAGUCUCCGUCUAGUGACCCAGAGAUACCAGGUGGGCGCGGCCGGGGGAAAAGGUUGCGUCUGGCUUUGACAGAGCGGCCCAGCGGGGAUGCGGCACAGCCGGUUAAAGUGCGAGGCCUGCCGCAACACCGGAGCCGGGGCGGAGGAAUAGCCGCCUCGCCGGUGCACAGCAAAGGUCGGCGUGGAAGUUUGAAACUGCUCAGCAACUGCAGAGCUUCUCCGACGUUUUUCACCACAGAGGAAACCAAAUCAGCCAACCGAGUCUCGACCCUCCCAUCGGGAAAACGGAAGAACAAGCCACCUGCCGACCUGGACCUCAGUCUGGUGUCUUCGGUGGACAUUAAAAACGGGAAUGGGAAGAGGAUUCGAGCCAAAUCCCGCAGCGCCCCGUGUACGCCGCAUGGCAAGUCAGAGCCCUCUUUCCUGGACGCGGGAGGAGGCUGUGCCUCUUCACCUCCACCGAUUCUCAUCGACUGCCCCCACCCCAACUGCACCAAGCGCUACAAGCACAUCAAUGGCCUGCGCUAUCACCAGACACACGCCCAUCUAGAGGUGGAGGAACAGAGGAACGCCGAGAUCGAGGAGCAACUGUCGGACUGCGAGGACGCUAUUUAUGACCUUACGGAGCCCACCGACAACGGCACUGCUGCCAACACCUCGUCUAGAAAAGCUCCGUUGUACAAGGUGACCACGGUAGGCUCGCCCAAGAACCGGCGGCUUCUCCUCAGCAACAAAACCCGAAGGAGCUCCCUACUGAAAGAGGACCUAAUGGAUGACCUCAGUAACUUGCCCAUCAUCUCUAACAUGACGGUGGUUCUGGAGAACUGCAUGGUGCCAGACCGGAGUGCCACCGUGGAGAUGCCCAAGCUGGAAGCCGAAGGACUGAUGGAUAAGAAUAUGGUUUGCGAUAAGAGCAAAAAAGCCAAUGGCAAGGUGGAUAAGCUGUCCAAGUCGCGGGCCAACCGGCUGAUUGCUCCAGCCCCCGCUCCCCCCAAGCUUGUCGCCAUCCCCAAUGCGGCGUAUCCGACGGACAGCGCCCCCUCGCAGCAGCCCGUGGCAGCUGUGGGCUUAACAGGCAAAAACUCCUCCUUGAAACCCAUCAAGGCGAAGCUCAGCAUCGUCGUGGAACCCAGCCUGGUCAAAGCCACACUGCCGACUUGCAAAGAGACUCGCAAGAAAGAGAAGAGACGGCUAAAGGACAAACACAACCGUGACGCCAAUCCUCGCAUGGCGAACGGUGACACAAUCAAAGCGGAAGACGGUGUUGCCAGCAAGGAGAUUUUGGGGAGCCUCCUGAAGGAGCACCUGAGCAAGCAGGACGUAACCAACGGAGUCAACCAGGAGAGCCAGGAAAGCCGGAUGGCGAGUAUCCGCGCGGAGGCCGACAAGGUCUACACCUUCACGGACAACGCGCCCAGUCCCUCCAUUGGAAGUUCAUCGCGACUCGAUGCCCCCGGCGGUUGUCUGCUGUUGGGGGACAGCAAAGACAACAGCCCCGCCUACUCUGACAUCUCCGAUGCCGGGGAUGAUGGCUUGUCCUCUGAAAAUCGCCCGGACGGGCUCAGAUCCAAGUCUGCUUCUUCCGUAUCUUCUGAAGUCACCUCAAACAGUAACCAUAGUAACGGCAGGAAGACACCACCCGCGGCGCCAGCCCCACCUUCUACCAACGAGCCCCUGUCCCCAUAUUACCACAGCUUUGAGCCAUACUACCUGCCGGGUUGCGUGCAGGCAGACAGGCAGAACAUCUUCCACAAAAUGUCCUCUCACGAUUCUAAAAGUAAAGAUCGAAAGGAGGAGACGAACGAUGACGACAAAGUUCACGACUUUGCCGACUGUAAGAAAGGUGACGGGCCGGUGGCACCUUCUCAACUGCAGCUCGCCAUGAGUCAGACCCAAACCGCAUUAGCCCAGUCGCUGUAUUACGGGCAGUACUCACGAGGACUUUACUUGGACCAGAAACUCCUACUGGCCUCGAAAUGCUGCGAGCAGAAGCAGCGUGCCGAGCGGGGUCCGGCUGGGCGAGACUGUGAUGGGAAUGUCAGACACGCCGGCGGGACUAAAGGUCCAGAAGGUUCUAAAGGCUGCUGUCCCAAAGCCAUCCUGUCCUACUUGGAGGAGAGGGGGGAAAGAGGGCUGGGUUUGAAGGUCUCGCCCAAAGACUGUGAGGACAUCAAGUCACCUUCUUCCUCCUCCUCCUCCUCCUCCUCCUCCUCCUCUUCGUCAUCCUUGUUGCAGCACAACCCCAACACUCAGACAGAUCUGGACUCAAAUGUUUCUUAUUCCAGCCCCCCAGACGGCUCCAUGUGGCCCGACCGCCUGGCUCACAGCAAAUUCUCAGAGCUGCAGAGUCCACUCGGAGAGGCUGCGGAUGAGGGGGACGCGGAGAGGUCAAAGGAGCGGGGGAGUACCAUCGAGCCAACGGAGCCCAAAGCAACCACAGCGGGAGGCGGCAUCGCUCACGAUGCAAAAAAAGUCCACAGACCUCGCAACCUAUCAUCCCCUGUCGACCCAGAUGACUCGGACAGUCUGGACGGGCUACAGGAGGAACCCAUGGGGAUCCUGUCGGGGAAGUCUCAAAGUGCCCGGGCUGCGGUUUCUCCUCCGAUGACCCCCCAGCAGCCCUACAUGCAGUACCAGCACUCCUCGUUCCCCCCGGCCUACCUGGCAAUGUGCGAGAGCAACGGGGGUUCCUUCAGGGGGGCGUCACCCACCCUGAUCCACAACUACCCAGGCUUCCACUACCCUUUGUAUGGCAAGACAGCGGGCCGGGAGGACGCCGAGCCUGACGAAAAAGGUUCCCCUGAGAUGGAUCGCGAAGUGGACCGAAGCAACCGAAGCCACACAACCUUGUCUCGACACCUGCACAAACACCAUCACACACACCUUGGACUCACGUAUAACCUGGUGGCGGGACAGUAUGACAUCUACCCGGGUCUCAGCUCCAGGUCUCUGGUGUCUGGUCCACAGGUGGCAGGACGAACUGUUGCUGCAGAGAGCGAGGUGAAGAAGUAGUGAUGUGGCAGAAGGAGAAGAAUCGCACAUAAAUUCUGUGGUGUUCCUUGGUGAAGCCUCGCCGUUACAGGCCGACAAGGGAAACAAAAAAAAAGAAAACACAAGUAUCAUUUCUUACUUGCGCCACCUACAGUACAGAAGGUGUUUUGUAUCGCACAGGAAGAGGAUUUUGGGCAAGGACAAGUGUACAGCGGUGUUUCUAAACGCACAUUAUCGUUCUGACUGAAUGUACUGAUGAUGGCGAUGACGACGAUGAUGCUAUAUUUGUAUCGCUAGCCGUUAACUGUACGUGUUGAUUGUAUUGUUCUAUGUGAGCGUAGCCCUUCUCCUCCACGCCGCUGUACAUAGCCUCCACACAGUCAUGGCCUCAUUAGGUAUGCGGGAGGAAAGGGCGGGGCUUAGGGAGGGAUGCUGUGCACAUUGAAUGUCAGAAAUCUGGGCUCCAACCAGAAAACGUGAACUGAUGGAGUCAUGUGUCAAUUAAACAACAAAAAAAACAACAAUGCUGACAAACUGAAAAUAACUGUAAAACAUAUAUAUUUGUGCUUACCUGAAAAAUUGAGCUCCUCUAAUCUCAGUGAGUGAAAUACUCCUGACUAAUUUCACUUUCACGUUGUAUGGAUCACUAAUGGUACCCGUACCACACUUUAAGAAUCACCAUCCUCUAGAUUUUCCAAUUUCCCGGCAGCUCUUGAAUGCACCAUUAUCUGGCGUCGACGUGAAGAAUAGAAUACAAUGAAAUAAACCUUUACCUGUCCCACAAAUGUGUUUAUUACAUUUGUGCCCAGUUUGAGUGCAGUGGGUGUCAUUAAGAAUACUCCUUACGGAUUGAGUAUGACUUUUACGACUUCUCAGCAGCCCUUGAAUGCACCAUUAAAUGGUGUCGACAUACAAGAAUAGGAUAAACUUAUAACAGCACAUCUAGAACAAAAGCAGUACACUUUAAAAUGGGACUCUCACAAAUUCCUGCUUUUCCUCUUACCCCCCCAGACCCUAAUGUGAACUUCCCCCUCCAACGAACUACCUGAGCCCGUGAUGCUGGAUUUAAAGUGACCUACAUAUAGUGAUAUGAAAUGUAAUACGUGGUGCUGCUCUUUGACCUGAGCCCCCCCCUCCCCCCCUGUUGCAGCCAUAUUCUUACGUCAAUAAUAAUAACAUUUUAAAAGUAGCAACAUGUAAUGAAUCCAACUUUAAAUGAUCAUGUACUGUGUUAUGAUGUUGUGUGUCCUCCAGCAACGGCUCUGCCUCACUCCAUACAAACGACAUACAUAUUGCAUAAUAAUGAUGAUACAUGCAGUACAUGCAUACUACUUGAAUAUGGUGGUGAUAUCUGUUUACAAAAUGCUGUCACGGGGGACUGUUGUCGUCAUCCAGUGGCCGUGGUGUAUCUGAGGAAUUAAAAUUCAUAUUAUGAUAAUUAAUACUGCUCUGAC